AUGACCAGAAGCCGCAAGAAUCCGCCCAAGCGAGGCCGCGCACGAGACCGGGUGUUUGGCCGGUCCCGCCGCUGGGGAAGUCUGUCCGCACAGAGCGGGACUCGGAGCCCAGCUCCGGAACCUUCCACCGCCAGGCAGGGCACUCAGGGCACGGCCUCCUGCACCGUCAGGCACCUUCACGGCGUCUGCUCUGCCCUUCAGGGUGCUCGCAAGCCGCCCACUCGGGUCUCAGAGAAAGCCUUUCAAUGCUGCCAUCGCCACGACCGGAAUUGCCAGCUGGCCUGCCUCGUGGACAUCGUCUCCAGCCACCGUCCGGAGGAAGCUGUGACGGCCUCGAAGAACGUCCCGCGGCAGUGCCUGGCUCCCCGGCCCGGCUCCCUGCUCAUCUCCCAGUCCCUGGCCAUGGAGAACAGCGCCACAGUGCCGAGCCUUCCGGGAACUUCUAUCACCUCUGCUGCCCGGAAACCCGCCUGCGUCAUGGCCCUGGGGCACCGGGGGAGCACUGCCGGCAGCUCUGGGGGGAGGAGCCUCUCGGAACAGCCCCUAAAUCUGGGCGAGUCCGUGGGGGCCCCUGGACCGCACCCGCACUUCCGCGUCUCCCCCGUUCGCCACCUGCCCAAACAGCCGUGCGUGCUGCCCGCCGUCUUGGCCCCUCGGCAGCGGAAUGAGGAACGAAGCCGGGCCGGGAGUCGUGGCAGCUCGGAAGCUGGCGAACGUGACAGAGUGACACCGACGACAACACACGCUAACUUAGACGCGUGCGCCGUCUGUACCCGUUACGCUGACGAGGGCAAAAGACAACCAGGGGCCACUGGCCCAGCUCAGCCUGGGGCCCCCGGCAGCGGCCCCAUCUACGGGGCUGCGGGCCGCCUUCACCAGCCCCCUGCCUCCGUAAAAAGUGGGCUUCGGGAGCAGACGAAACGCGCCCUCGGCGCUGGGCGCAGUGUGGCCGUGGCUGCGGGGGAGAGCAUGAGGGUGGCGCUGUGUCAGCUGGACGAGGUGGUGAUGCCACGCCCCUGUCACCGAGGGGGCUGCACACAGAGCCACGCCCCUCCCCGGGGGCGGGGGCGAGCCCGGCCAACCAGAGCUCGUGAGAGUGCGUCGGGCUCCGCCCCCCAUGUGAGCUUGUUUUCCCAGACUCCUCCACUCUUGUGUAGGGACCGCCGCGCUGCCGGGCCCGACGGCGCGCACCCCCGACGGCGCGCGGCCCGGGACAGCUGGCGCCCCGGUGCUGGCGCUCGUUGGGUGGGCCUCGCGUCGGGACGGGAGGCCGGAGGUGGAGGCGCUGGCGCCCCGCGCUGGGCCCCGGAAGCCCGUGAGGGAGGUGCGCGCUCGCCGGAAGCCGCGCCCCCGACGCGGCCCAACUGCCCGCGGCGCCGGAAGUGGCCGCGGCCGCUCUGCUUCCGCUCGGCGGGGCGUCCUCGGGCCGGGGCUGCGGACCCGGGGAAGUCGGCAGCGCCCAUGGCGGAGGGCGGCGGCCCCCACGGGCGGGCCGGGCCGGGGCCCGCAGGUCCUAAUCUGAAGGAAUGGCUGAGGGAGCAGUUCUGUGACCAUCCGCUGGAGCACUGUGAGGACACCAGGCUCCAUGACGCAGCCUAUGUGGGGGACCUCCAGACGCUCAGGAGCCUGUUGCAGGACGAGAGCUACCGGAGCCGCAUCAACGAGAAGUCCGUGUGGUGCUGUGGCUGGCUCCCGUGCACUCCGCUGAGGAUCGCGGCCACCGCAGGCCACGGCAACUGCGUGGACUUCCUUAUCCGGAAAGGGGCCGAGGUGGACCUCGUGGAUGUAAAGGGACAGACCGCCCUGUACGUGGCUGUGGUGAACGGGCACCUGGAGAGCGCCCAGAUCCUCCUCGAGGCCGGCGCCGAUCCCAACGGGAGCCGGCACCACCGCAGCACCCCCGUCUACCACGCGUCGCGCGUGGGCAGGGCCGACAUUCUGAAGGCCCUCAUCAGGUAUGGGGCUGACGUCGAUGUCAACCACCACCUGACCCCGGACAUCCGGCCCCCUUUCUCGCGCCGCCUCACCUCCCUGGUGGUCUGUCCCUUGUACAUCAGUGCAGCCUACCACAACCUCCAGUGCUUCAAGCUGCUUCUGCAGGCGGGGGCGAACCCCGACUUCAACUGCAACGGCCCCGUCAACACGCAGGGCUUCUACAGGGGCUCGCCGGGCUGCGUCAUGGACGCCGUCCUGCGCCACGGCUGCGAGGCCGCCUUCGUGAGCCUGCUCGUGGAGUUCGGAGCCAACCUGAGCCUGGUGACAUGGGAAUCCUUGGGCCCGGAGUCGAGAGGCAGGAGGAAGGUGGACCCCGAGGCACUGCAGGUCUUCAAAGAGGCCAGAAGUGUCCCCAGGGCCUUGCUGAACCUGUGCCGCGUGGCCGUGAGAAGAGCUCUCGGCAAACACCGACUGCAUCUGAUUCCCUCGCUGCCCCUGCCGGACCCCAUAAAAAAGUUUCUGCUUUAUGAGUAGAACGCAGAUGCGGGGUGACCGCAGCGAGGGGGACAGUGACGUGCAGUGAGCGCUGACGCCGUGUCCUGCCCUGCGAACCCCGCCCCGUGCUGCCGUUGGUAAAGUGGAAACGACCUUGUCCUCAUGGACUGUAACUCCAUCUCAGGUGCUCGGGGCCCUGGCCAGGCCCUGGGGCCCUGUCAGCUGAAAAGUUCAUACAAAACCUGAUUUUGCUCUUCCUCGGUA